UGGCUCAUGGUCUGGAGCAGUCCUUCAUUUGGCUCCUGAUGGCGGAAAAUAGAUGUGAAACAGCUCUGCUGAAUCAGGCGAUGCAGUAAACGGAGACACAAAGCUGCAUCACUGGUGCCAAACGUCAAGAAUUUCUGCUUUGGAAGUCGAGAUAUAACUGGUAAGGCGAGAUUAGCUGAUUUUGGUAUAAGCCGGAGGCUGAAUUUAGGACAAACAACUUUGUGCACUAGUGCUGCUGGAACAAAGUGCUGGAAAGCCAGAGAGACCAUUGAAGAGGACGAUAACAGUGCAUACAAGAGGAGUUCUGACAUUCAGGUUGCAGGAAUGUUAGUGUAUUACAUCCUCUCUCGUGGACACCAUCCUUUUGGUAAAGGGGCUCGUUGUGAAAGUAACAUUCUUGAUGGGAAAUACUCACUGGAACAUCUGGAAGAUGACGUGGCAAAGGACCUGGUGGAGUGGAUGAUCAAUGAAGAUGUAAAGGACAGACCUAAAGUAAAGGAGGCCCUAGCUCAUCCCUUCUUUUGGACAGAUGAAAAGAGAGUGGAGUACUUACAGAAACUGGGGAAUGUGAAGGAGGUGCAGUACUAUCUCAGUCCUGAUGAGGAGCUCCUUCAUGCCAUAGAAGAAAUGGCCAUGGGGAAGACCUUCUCAGAGUGGAAAACAAAAUUGCCUGCUGAAAUUGUGCAAAACGUAGAUAGUAAGAAAAAGCCCUACCCAGAGAACUUACUUGGCCUGUUGCGAUUCAUACGGAAUCUGUAUGAACACUACUCUGAUGAUGCAGAAAAAAUAAACCUGAUGACCAUAUUCCCUGACCUUUUUGGAAAUGCUUUCAAGUUUGCCAAAGUGAGAGGAUGGAACUCUACACCAAUUCUGAGAAAAUGGCUCAGAUCUGUACCGGUGAUAUGAUGACUGAACAACAUGAACUAAAGCCAUUUCUUUUGUAGGAGUGUGCAGGAUCUUGUUGAACUGAUAAAUCUGAAACAUAUGAAUAUAAAGUGCUAAGCUGGAUGCUCCAGUUUAUCUGACAUUAAACAGUCAAUGGCAAUACAAAUACAAUGGAAAGCAGUUACAGUACCAAUUCCAGUUCCAGUUGCAGAGCCAAGGACCACAAACCCCAUAAUACAAUGCGUCAUUAACAAAAACCUGAAAAAGUUAAAGAAAAAAAUCAGAGGGUGAGAUAUUAAUGGACUCUAUUCUUCUGCACACUUAAAAGAUGACGUUACGCUGCUGUCGGCUGCAGUUGUAUAUGCAAAUGAAGAGAUUUGUAACUUUCCACUGUGAGAGCAGGCAGACCCUAAUAUGUUCUCAACAAAUGGGCUAGCACCACUGCACUAUGCUGCAUGUGCACAAGGAGUUCCACUCAGUAUAUUGAAAAGAUUACUUGCAGCUAAAGCCAAUCCAGACGGCCAUCAAACACAAUUUUUUACACCAUUGCAACUGGCUGCUAUUAAUAACAGAGAUGACAUGGUCAAAGCACUUAUAGUAGCUGGUGCUUAUACUGAAAGGAAUUUUGGAGUAAGCCCAGACAUCGAUAAGAAACUAGAGACUAUUAUGCAUCGGUUAUCUUCACAGAAUGAAACUGCUAAGAAACGCAAAAUCUUUUUUGAUUUCACUUCUGUGGUUCCCACAAAAUCUCACUUAGAAGUUUUCAACUUCUGCAAGGAGCACUUCCUCGAGGAACAUCCUAAUGUCCAUGUUACACUGUUUGAAAGAUCUUUUAAUGUCAUGGGUCCAGGUGCUGAACAAUAUCAAUUAAGUAGCAUCAAGUGGCUGAAGGACUCCAAGAAUACUGACACUUAUAUUGAGGGGUUCAUCCAACGCUUUCCCAGAAUACCUCAUGAGUAUCAGAUAAUUGCACUGAACACCUUGCAGGCUGUAAUUUUCAUGAUGAAAGAAAUAUCUCACCAAGUAUUUGACGAGAUUGUACCUAUUCUGAUCAAAAGUGUACAACCUGCUGGCUCCCCUCAGGGAGAAGUAUUCAAUCAGCUGAUACUAAACAUACUUUGUGUGACUAUAGAGAAGUCCUCAAAGCACAACGCUGGUGCUGAUGGUCUUGACGUUUCUGUUCUUCAGAACUUAUGCUCUGGUCUUUUACCUCUCACUAGUCCUAAGUAUUCACCCGAUGUCAGCAUUCUUACUUACCGCUUGUUUGCUGAUCUUUAUGAGUUCAUCCCAGAACAUAUUCAUUCAUGUGGAUUACUCUCAGUGCCUGAUAGGGUACUUGAUGCUGCAGAGAUAAGGAUGGAUGAUGUUAUUAAGGAGAAGCUGCACAAACUGGACACAGAUCUCAGACAUCCACAAAGUUCAGAUGCCUCAGAUAGUUUAUGUGAGGGAGCAGAGAACAUGCUGUCAAAGAAGAAGAAGAAGAAGAAGAAGAAAAAGAAGAAGAAGAAAGAGGCCCAGCAGGAGAUGACAUCAAAAGAAGAUGAGGGACAAGAAAUGAAAGAGUGUGCAAAUUCAGAUACAGCCACGACUUCAGUCAAAUUCCAGCGUGCAGCCAUUUUCAUCUACUACAGACAAUUUAACUUUACCAAAAAGAUGGCGCCAACACAGCCAACGUUGGAGGCCCCAGUUGGAAAAACUUGCUAACAUAGAUGCAAGUAAAGUUUAUAGACUGGGGAGUCUUACAAUUGGUGUUGGCCCAGAGUUCCAGAUAGCUAAAGGAAGUGAUGGAACAGAGGUUUUUCUUGGUCUGAGGGAUGAUGGCACUGAGGUAGCUGUCAAACGAAUG